CAUAGAUUCGGCCGCUUCGGAAAGUUGGAGCUGUUGGGAUUUUAAGUUACAGCUGAUCGGAUGGUGAUGCGUUUCUCUAAGCUCAAAAGUGGCCGGAUCGGUGAAACCCAAAUCAGUUGACGUAGAAAUAGACAACCGACCAGUCAUGAGUAAAAGGUACAGAGGAUUAACAGGAAUACUUUUGGUGAUGUUGGUUCAGACCAAACCAGCAUCCGCCGAUUUUGGCUUACCAAUGGCGGUUGUGGGAGGAACCAUGAUCACUUCAAGUGCCAACAGUAUCAACACUGUGAUUAACAUGAUGAACAUGAAUUUAAGGAGGUACAGUCCCGUCAAGCAAUAUGGACCCCUUCGAUCAUCCAGUGAAAAGAUUGCACAGAUGGCUCAGAAAGUUGCAGACCUGGGAAAACUGUUGGCAUCCAACGUGACGAAGGCAGCUACUGAUAGGGUCACACCGGUGACAGAGCUGUUCAACGCAUUGCAAGGCUCAUACGACCAAAUGAGUCAGUACCUGAAAUCGGAUGCAUUAGUUUCUGUCAACUCUCUUGAUGAUGCUUUAAAAACUACUGAACUGGUAAAUGCUUUCGACGGAGUCACUGAAGCCAUUGCCAAUGUCACUACAAUAACGCAAGCUUUUCAACACGCAAUUGGAGAAACGCUAACUGCUGCCAACGGGAAACCAGUUACCCGAAGCACCGUCAAUACCUACAUCCCUCCAAGUCUUACGAUUUCCAUGGCGAAUGCACUCGGACAACUGAAGGAACAAACUUCCGUUCUAUCAAAAGCAGUCGAAUAUAUGCUCAAGAAUAUCGCAGUCGUUGAUGCUCAUAUCACCAAAGUGAAUGCCACCGCCCUAAAUUUGGAACAAAGACUGAAUGCAACACUAUUAGGCAUUGAGCAGCAAUAUCUUGCCGAAGCAGACAACAUCAUCAGGAGAUUGUACACAUCUCAGAACAACGUCAAAACUGAAAUCAGCAAUUCAGUUGGCAAGCUGUCAAUAUUUCAGUCAAAUCGAACUCUUCUCAAUAUGGUUGACGGAUUUUCAGAAGCUUACACCAAGUUAUACUAUUAUCUCUUCAAUCGCAACCAAACCGACACGGAAAGCAUCCAACAAGCUUACAAUGAAAUUAUAUCCAACAUGAAGCAACAAGUGCAAAGUCUCAACAACAACUUCACCUCGGAGAUGCAGCAAACUGCCAUCACUGUUGGCUUCCAAUACCUCAACCGGAAUGCCAAUUUCAACUAUUGCUUCGUCAAUCACCAAAACCAGAUUUUCUCCGCUUUCACUGUCGUGAACAACGCUGUCAACGCCUGCCUGAAUAGGGAAAAAACUCGAUUGGGGCGAUUACCAGAUGUGAUCGACAGGUUCCUCCGACAAACGGAGGCCAACACCGAAGAUUUCAGUUUCAAUAUAGCAACUUGCACGUCGCAGUCUGGGUUCGAAAAAUCUGCGAUGAUCUACAUGCAGGCUCAUAGUUGCCUUAACACGACCCUCAACCACACGGAAGGCUUCCAGCAAGUGAUCGCACAAGGAUAUGACACCAUGUUGCAGAUGUUGCGAGCAGAAGUGGCUGGCAAUCGGUUUCGGCUGAGCGAUUGUUUGGAGUCCCGAGGUAACGAAGGCUUGGCGUUGAUCGAGGGUCUGAACCAGGACGUGGAGAAAUGUCUGUAUGGAGACGGUAGACGAACCUCCUUCGCGGACGGAGAACAGGAAGUCCAAUGGGACGAUACGGACGGCGGAGAGUGGAGCGUAACGGAAAGUAGCACUGAACCAAAUGAAGACUAUCUGGAUGGUGAGCAUGCGGAAGAUUUGCUAGGUAAUUAUUGAAGGAAUGGGAAUAUCGUUGGUAACAUGUUUUGUGCAUUAAAAUAAACAGAGUAUGAA